GUAGGAUCUCCGGACCAGAAGGGGUGCGCUUCUUGCGCGUGUGGGCCGGGGCCUGGCUCUCUCGGCGUUCUAGAGGUCGGACCUCAUGGCGGAGAUCAUUCAGGAGCGCAUAGAAGAUCGACUCCCCGAGUUGGAACAGCUGGAGCGCAUUGGGCUGUUCAGUCGUGCGGAGAUUAAGGCUAUCAUUAAGAAGGCUUCGGAUCUAGAGUACAGGAUACAACGAAGAGCUCUUUUCAAGGAAGACUUUAUCAAUUAUGUUCAAUAUGAAAUUAAUCUUUUGGAGCUGAUCCAGAGAAGAAGAGCUCGCAUUGGGUAUUCAUUUAAGAAGGAUGAGAUUGAGAAUUCUAUUGUACACCGGGUCCAGGGUGUCUUCCGACGUGCUUCAGCAAAGUGGAAAGAUGAUGUUCAACUUUGGCUAUCCUAUGUAGUCUUUUGUAAGAAGUGGGCUGCCAAAGCUCAACUUAGCAAGGUAUUCUCUGCCAUGUUGGCUAUUCAUUCGAACAAGCCAGCUUUGUGGAUCAUGGCCGCAAAGUGGGAAAUGGAAGAUCGCUUGUCCUCUGAAAGUGCAAGACAGCUGUUUCUUCGAGCCCUGCGCUUUCAUCCGGAGUGCCCAAAACUCUAUCAGGAAUACUUUAGGAUGGAGCUGAUGCAUGCUGAGAAAUUGAGGAAGGAAAAGCAAGAAUUUGAAAAAGCCAAAAUGGAUGUGGGGGCUCUUGAUUAUCCUGAAGAAAUCCUUAAGGGCGAGUUGGCACGGAUCAUCUACAAAAAUUCUCUUAGCAUCAUUAAAGGUGCAGAAUUUCACGUGUCACUGCUUUCAAUUGCACAGCUAUUCGACUUUGCCAAAGAUCUUCAAAAAGAAAUUUAUGAUGACCUUCAGGCUCUGCACACAGAUGACCCCCUCACUUGGGAUUAUGUGGCACGGCGAGAAUUAGAGAUCGAGUCGCAGCCAGGAGAAGAGCAGCCUACGACAAAACAAGCCAAAGCAGUGGAGGUGUGCCGGAAGGAGGAGAGGUGCUGUGCUGUAUAUGAAGAGGCAGUAAAGACUCUCCCUACAGAGGCCAUGUGGAAGUGUUACAUCAACUUUUGCUUGGAAAGGUUUGCUAAGAAGACCAACAGUCAGUUCCUCAGAGAGAAGAGGCUGGAAAGAACCAUGAUUGCAUUCAGGAAGGCGCAUGAACUCAAACUUCUACUGGAAUUCCAGUAUAAGCAGUGGAUUGAGUUGUUGCUGCACCAUGACUUCAUUAAGGAGGCUCUGGAGGUGGUAGUGGCCGGGACCGAAUUGUUUCGAGACUCUGUGACAAUGUGGCAGAUGAAGCUGCAGGUGCUGAUUGACUCCAAGAGCCCUGAUGUGGCCGCGCUUUUUGAAGAAGCCUUUGUGCACCUGAAACCCCAGGUUUGUCUGCCAUUGUGGAUUUCUUGGGCAGAGUGGAGUGAAGGUGCCCAAAGCCAAGAAGACACUGAAGCAGUCUUUAAGAAAGCUAUCUUAGCUGUCAGAGGUUCUGACUCAGUCACUCUGAAGAAUAAGUACCUGGAUUGGGCUUAUCGAAGUGCUGGCUACAAAAAGGCCAGAGCUGUGUUUAAAAGUUUACAGGAAAGCCGUCCAUUUUCAGUUGAUUUUUUCAGGAAAAUAAUCCAGUUUGAAAAGGAGCAAGAAUCCUGCAAGAUGGCGAACUUAAGAGAAUAUUAUGAGAGGGCUUUGAGAGAGUUUGGAUCUGUAGAUUCUGAUCUUUGGAUGGAUUACAUCAAAGAAGAAUUGAACCACCCCCUUGGUAAACCUGAGAACUGCGGACAGAUCUACUGGCGAGCCAUGAAAAUGUUGCAGGGAGAGUCAGCAGAGGUGUUUGUAGCUAAACAUGCCAUGCAUCAGGCCGGCCAUUUGUGAAAAGAGGAGGAGCACAGCCGGCUUGUCAGAUAGUAUUGUGAGCCCUCCAGGCAGAUUUGUAAUAAGAGUUCAUCUGCAGUUUGCUUAGAGCUGGCAGACAGGUGGCUGUCUGAUUUUGAGACAUGCUUUACUUUUGUUAAUGCGUUAAUCUUUAGUUCCAGAAAAGAAAAGAGAACUGCCGUUUAGUGGCCAGAGGCUGUUUGUUGAGGCUGGACCUACUGUAGGUCUUAAAUGUUUUCCAAAAUACAUGGAAAUCAUGCAACUGAGUUUCCUUUAUUACCUCUGGUAAAGCAUGAGUAUUUCUAAUCUAGGCCUAAUGGCCAGUUAAAAUGGAGGAGAAAGUAUAGUUAAGUGUGUUUAUUUGCUCCUUCUUAUAAAAAUAUACAUGGUAUACAUUUGUUGUAGAAGAAGAAC